AUGUCCAAUUUUAGACAACGGAAAUCAGAACUCCAUGAGUCUUUGCGGAAAUUGCUGAUAAAAGAUUUCCUGAAUGUUAAAUUAACUAAACACAACAAAAACGUUUCACGAUGGAAAGCUCAGGUUCGGCGUUUCUGCGACUCCGCCCAACACGACGGCUCUCCCAUUCUGACAGAUUUCCUGUGUAUGGAACGGAAAGGACUCAUAGCUCCCGGUAAAUACGAAGAAUUAAUCGCCAUGUUUCAAAACAUCGACACCCGCGCUGUUGAUGUCAUUUUAAAGACAGCUGCUGACUUUGCAGAGAUUGAAAAGGAAAGAAAAGAAUCAAGAGCAAUGCUGAAAAGGUUUGCUACGUUGAAGUCCGAAAUCAGUGACAGUGAGGUUACCGAGGAUAAGGUAAAAGUCUUGUACGACAUGUUAAGACAAAUUCUACAGCACAGCAAAGCGUCGGCUCACUGGGAAUCUGACUUACAGGAAGUACCGAGGCAUGCAGGGAUUCCCAUUCUUAGAAAACGCAAAUCUGUUGCAGAUCCCGAAGAGCUAAGAAAUUCAAUCAUAGAAAAGGGAAAUUUUAUUUCUAAAACUCCAAAAAUGGAUUGGAAAGCUAUCUCGAUGAUGAUAAAGUUUGUAGAUACUUUUAGCAAGAUGACAAAUUAUACUCUGGAAAGAGUCAAACCGGACGGUAUAUAUAUUGCUGGUUAUGAAGAUGAACCAAGAAGAGACAGUCAAAAUGAAGUAAUACGAGAAAUAUUUGCUGAAUUAUUGAUGAAUGUUUUUGCUUCUUUGGGAUAUGAUAUGCAGAAUGCUGCUGUUAUAACACAGAUGGAUUUCUUGGAAGAAGAAGCCUUUUCCAAAGCUUUAAAGCAGCGGUUGUCGAGCCAAGCUAAACCCAGACAAGAAUCUGCAGACACUAAUGCAUCUUUGAAACAAAGAGCUGCAACUACACCACGCCAACAACCCAAGCAUUAUGAUGUGAUGAUCAGUUACCAGUGGGGAUCAAAGGAGGUGGUGCAUAAGGUUAAGAACUUUCUGGAGAGGAAUAAAAUUGUGUGCUGGAUUGACGAGGAGAGCAUGAAGGGGUCUACAUUACAAGCGAUGGCAGAGGCCAUAGAGCACUCACACAUAUUCCUUAUGUGCUACUCUUUUAAAUACUUCACGAGCAAGAACUGUCGACAAGAGGCCGAAUAUGCCAAUAAGUUACAAAAAAUCAUCAUUCCUCUAAAAAUGCAGAGAGACUAUGAACCUAGAGGAUGGCUUGGGAUGAUUCUUGGAGAAAAACUAUUUUUUGAGUUUUCUGGAAAAUACCCGUUUGAUCAAAAGGCCAAAGAGCUGCUAACUGAAAUCCUUUUUCAUCUUCAAAACCCUCCGGAAAUGAUGUUACCAGAGAAUGUCAUACCCUCCGAAAACGGAAUGAGUGAGUCUGCAGAUAUAUCUCAAAAUCGACAGAUAGAGUCUAGAGAAAAUAGCGAGAAAUCAGGUAAAUAUUUCAUAAUAAUGAAAUGGAUUGACUAUGUCGUUCUGAGCUCAGUUGGACCAGAGUUUCUGCCUUGGUGA